CAUACACCUUUUACAGAUGUGUCACACUUUUGGUUGAACUUUAUUUCUUUUUAUUUCUUUAUUUUUUUUUUUUACAGUGACAGCAACACAGAAAUAUGUAAUAGAUCCUCAAAAAAGGAGAAAAGUUGUCUUGUUAAUUCAUAUAUUUUCUAUAAGGUACUUUAUGGCUAUGCUAAUGAGUUCUCUACUUCUUAUUGCAUUGUAAAAAUUACUGCCAUUGCUUUAAUAAUGAAAUAAAUAAAAUAAACAUUAAUGUAACAAAUCAUGGUGCAUUUUAAAACGUGUGUUUGUUUGCCACUUGCAUCUACAUGUGUGUGCCUUCUCGUAGUCUUAUGCAUAAAUGAUAUGUCUACUGCACAUAUACACCCAGCAUGCCUGUAUGUACUCAAAGUGAUUUUGGAUUAAGCCUGAGCUUAUGGGAUUAGAAUGUUCCACUAGCUGGACAGACACCUUAAAUAGAUCAGCCUGACACUGCCGGUGUUUUAGAGCUGCAGAAGAAUCAACAUUUGACAAGUGAGAACAAAUAUUUCAACCGCAGUCCUGUUUUUUCUCCAGAUCUGUAGAAAUGGCUGAUGUUUUCAAAGGCCUCAACCUUCUUGAGACCCUCAAAGAGUCCAUAGAGAACAAUAAGUUAUCAGAUGUCAGGGAUGCAGUGGAAGAUCUCCUGAUCAGCAGGAUCAACUUAGCUGUGGUGGGGGACCGUGUAGAUGAAAAAGCCACUUUCAUAAACUCCCUUCGUGGCCUUGGACCUGGGGAUGAUGGAGCAGCUCCAUCUCCAUCCCCUGUUGCCCCAGAAGAAGUGGCAGGCUACCCUAACCCUAAACACCCUGACUUUCGCCUGUGGGAUCUGCCACCCGUUCCAUCCACUUCUCCAUUCCAACCAGAGGGAUAUAUGGAUAAAUUCAAGUUUCUCCGCUACAAUGCCACCUUCAUGACAUUCACACAGACACCCCAACCCAACAGUGUACAUGUGUUCCUGGAGGCCCGCUCACUUCAGCGAGAAACAGUGUACUUUAUUCUCUUAGCUUUAGCAAAAGACACAGAAAAAAGCCUAGAAGAAAAGAGGAAAUCCAGUCUGGAAGUGCUUACAUCGCAAGGUGUGGCACAGCCUAAAGUCUAUGUGGUGAGACCCUCCACCCUGGAGAAGUUUGACUUCCCUGGCCUGUUGGAAGAUAUGGGAAGAGACCUUCCAGAGAUUCGAGCCAACGCCCUUCUCUUGGCUCUGCCGACACUUACCUCGACUCUAGUCGUUCAGAAAAAGGAGGCGUUCAAAGCACUGGUAUGGGCAGCUGCGUCGCUAUCUGGCGGAGUGUCAGCCAUUCCUGUUCCCCUUGUGGCCUCCAUGGUGGAUUCAAGUGUAGCAGUACGAAUUCUAACAAAAGCACAAUUAUCUCUCUGCCUGGACAAUGAAUCAGUCGAGCGUCUGGGCCGACAGCGAGGCAUGGAACCAACAACACUCAAAGGGCUGCGGACUUGUGUACUGUCGGUGGAGGUCACCAAAGGUGAAGUGAAAAAGCGGCUGGCUGCGGCGGAAAAGGACUUGGCAGGGGCUUCCUCAAAGCUGGUGGAGAUGGCGAUGCCUCGACAUGCCCGUUCUGCCAGCCGCUCCUUCACUGCCAUGCUGCAAGCCUUAAACGGUACCAUCGAUGAAAUGGCAGCUGAUGCUGAGAAGAUAUUGGCUGCUGCUCUUAGGGAUGGGAAGUGAAGUCAGAUGUUUUACCCUGUAUGUAGUCUUUCCUGUUUAUGUGUGAUUCACCUUUACUUUGAUGUUCGGAGCUGUAAUAAAUGCAUUAUGCAGAAUUCACAUUCACAUUCUGAAGUCCUAAAGGACAACACUGUAAACACUAUGUAUGCAUGCAUUCUGCAAAUAGAUGAAGUUGCUUCUGAUGUGAUGGCUUCUUGCAGUCAUGUGUUAUUGUCUUGCGUGCAGUUUUUUUUUUG